AUGUCAAUCAAAAGCAAAAGAGUAUGCUUUAGUCCUAAUGUCAAUGACAUACCAACAAUCUUCCUCAAGAAAAGAGAAUUCGGAAGAGAAAAUUUCAAGUUCACAACAGAAUCAAAAUUGUCAUCACCACUGAAAUUCUUAGUGCAGCUAGGAACAAAGGUUGCAAGUUCUAUAAAAAGUGUUUCCAUGAAAAGAAGAUCUUCUAGGAAGGUUUCUUCUUCAUCUACUUUGGUAAGGUCACGAUCCAUUUCAGACCUUACAGAUUCACAUAGAGCUGAAACUGUUGAAGAUUGUAUUGAGUUUUUGCAUUCUUCUUCAUCUAGGGAGAGACCAAGUUUCAGUUGA